GAUCUAACCACCUCCUCCUUCCUCGCCCAUCUUCCCUGUGGUCAGAACAGCCCGGAGUACGUGGCCGCCGUGUCCAGGUGCCACCAGCGCUCGGCCGAGAGCAUCGUCUUCGGGGCCAUCCAGAACGGGGGUCUCUACAUCAAGCUGGGCCAAGGCCUGUGUGCCUUCAACCACCUCCUGCCCAAGGAGUACAUCAACACGCUGCGCUCCUUGGAGGACCAGGCGCUCAGGCGGGGUUACUCAGAGGUGGACGAUCUCUUCCUGGAGGACUUCGGCGCCAGGGCAGACCAGCUCUUCCUGGAGUUCGACUACCAGCCCAUUGCGGCGGCCAGUUUGGCCCAGGUGCACCGGGCUUGGCUUCAUGAUGGCACCCCAGUGGCCGUAAAGGUGCAGUACAUCGACCUGAGGGACCGAUUUGACGGGGACAUCCGCACCCUGGAGUUCCUGCUGUGGAUCGUGGAGCAGAUGCACCCCAGUUUUGGCUUCAGCUGGGUCUUACAGGACCUGAAGGGGACCCUGGCCCAAGAACUGGACUUUGAGAUCGAAGGCCACAACGGGGAGCGUUGCGCCCAGGAGCUGAAGCACUUUCGAUUCGUGGUGGUUCCUCGUGUGCACUGGGAGAAAAGCAGCAAGCGGGUCCUGACCGCCGACUUCUACGAGGCCUGCAAAAUCAACGACCUGGAGGGGCUGCGGAGGCAAGGCCUGAGCCCCAAGGACCCAGCAGAGAAACUGAUCAAGAUGUUUGCCGAGCAGAUCUUCUUCACCGGAUUCAUCCACGCGGAUCCCCACCCGGGAAACGUGCUGGUGCAGAAGGGCCCGGAUGGCAAAGCCCAGCUGGUCUUGCUGGAUCACGGCCUCUACGAGGUCCUUCACGAGAAGUAAGGAUCC